GUCUUACCGCCGCUAGCUCUCGGUCCGAGUGCGAGCCACAAGCAGUGACGUCUAUGCCGUGCAGGGGCCUAAGGCGUCGACGGUAGAGCCAUAGCAUUCGCACCGUAGCUGCCGGGCAGCACUUACUGCUGCCGAGGCGCUAGGGCAGCACUGCUCAUGGUGCGGGGCGGCCUGCUCCUCGUCGCGCUCCUAUCAACCGCCCGCGGGAAGCGCCGACGGAAACUCGGCGACCACCCGACACCGGAUGAAAAAGACCCCGGCCUCCUGAAACGUUUGAGAUCCGGCGAAGGCAAGCCGACGACCGAAUGCGAGGCCUGCGUCCAUCUGGCGGCGGAGGCGGCGGCCUACGCGCGCGUCUGCGUGCGGGCCCGUUUAGCAGGUGACGAGCCGCCGAACGCCACAACGUUCGCCCAGCGGCUCGAGGAGGAGGUCUGCGAGACGAAAAAGUGGCCCUGGUGCGAAAGAUGGCGCGCGCGGAAUGGGUUUAGGAGCUUUGGCGCGGAGAUGGUCGAGCUGGCGGAAGAUGCGGAGGACGACCGGGACUCGGCCCUGUCCCGGUCGUCGGUGCAGAAGCUGUGCGUUUAUGAUGGCCCCCUCCAGGCGUGCCCGAAAAAGCACAAAUUCGUGGACCGCAACGACCCCGCGGCCGCGGACGUCGCGUUUUUAAAUAGAACGGGCAAGAAAGUCGAGGUAUACUGGAUUCACGAUGAAAAAAGGAUCCACCGGGGCACGAUGAAGCCGCACGGGCGGCUCGACGAGGACUCCUUCGCGGGCCACGUCUACGAGGUGGAUGUCCAGACCAAAACAAUAGGCACCAUCACCUUGACGGCGGGCGUCGCCGCCUACUCGGUCGACGGCUACGGCAACGGCAUCUACGCAUUGAACGAGGUCGACACGCGACAGAGGGGUAAGGAGUUCUAG